AUGGCCAUCAGGUCCCUGGAGGAGCCUCCCUCGGCCUACCCCACCCUCUGCCUUCCACUCCCCAUUGGCCAGGCCAGCGCCAGCGGCCUCCCAAUUGGCUGCCUGCGCUGCUCGCCCGGCCCCCGGGGUACUUAUGGGGGCGAGGACAUGCUGAAUGAUGGAUCCCAAGCUGCAGCUGAAUUCACCAUGGCAUCAGAAAAGACCACAAGAAAGGACCUGCUGAAGGCUGAGGAGCAGCAGCAAGCGAGUGCUGUCAAUCGGGUGACCAGCUUGCCCCUGCUCAACUCUGCCUUCAACCUGGUCUCCUCUGCCUACAACCAUACCAAGGAGACACAUCCUUGCCUCAGUGGUGUCUGCAACGUGGCUGAGACCGUGGCUGCUGUGGCAGUAGGUAGCAUGGUUGGUGGGGCACAGCCCAUCCUGAACCAGCUUGAGCCACAAAUUGCCCUGGUCAAUGAAUAUGCCUGCAAAGGGCUGGAUCAGCUGGAAGAGAACCUGCCCUUCCUUCAGCAGCCAGCAGAUAAGGUCAUCUCAGACACCAAGCAGCUGGUUUCCACCAGAGUGACAUCUGCCAUGGAUGCUGCCUGUGAGGCAAAAGCAGGUGCAAAGGAUCUUGUCACCAACAAGGUGACUGAAGCUGUGGACCUCAGCAAACACAUUGUGGAGGACAGUGUGGAGCUGACCAAGUCUGCAGUGGCUUCUACUAUCACUGCUGCUGUAGGGGCAGCCCAGGGUGCAAAGGAUCUUGUGACCAACAAGGUGACUGAAGCAGUGGACCUGACCAAAGAAGCCGUGCAGGAGAGUGUCGAGAAGACCAAAUCUGUGGUCACCUCUACAGUCAGCACAGCUCUGGAUGCUGCUUAUGGCACCAUAACCAGCAAGAUCAACACAGCCCUGGAGCAGAGCAAAGGAGCUAUCCAGGAGGGCAUGGAGAUGACUAACUCAGUGGUGGCCAACAGCAUAAGCAAAGCCAAGGCAGUGAGCCAAGCAGUGGCAGGUGGUGUGGAAACUGUCCUGGGCAUGUCAGAAGAUCUGGUGGAUCAAUACCUCCCAGUGACAGAGGAGGAGCUAGGUCAGCUGGCCACCACUGUGGAGGGCUUUGGUGUGGCUUCUGUGGAGGAGCAGAGGCGGCAGCAAAGCUACUUCGUGCGCCUGGGGUCCCUGUCCAGCAGAGUCCAGCAGCGAGCCUACCAGCUCUCCCUCAGCAAGCUGCAGCACGUCAGGCUCAGCACCCAGGCCAGCCUCUCACGGCUGCAGCUGGCAAUAAACCUGAUUGAAUCUGUGAAACAAGAGGUUGGCCAGAAGCUUCUGGAUGGGCAGGAGAAGCUCCAUAAGCUGUGGGUGGACUGGAGCCUGACCCAACCCAAAGGAAACCAAGUUAAAACUGCUUCCUAUUUAGAGCAGGUAGAGUCCCGGACUCUAGCUAUGCUGAGAAUCAUCACCCAGCAGCUACAACCUGUUUAUGAGAACCUGAAAACCAGCAUCCAUGGCCUCCCCAGCAGCAUCCAAGAAGCUGUGCACCAGGCCACUCGAAAUAUCCACAAGCUCCAUAGGUCUUUUUCCAGUGCUGUGUCCUUCCAGGACCUCUCCAGCACCACCCUGAGCCGGAGCCAGGACUGUGUGGCAGAAGCCCGAAGGUCCCUAGAUGACCUCUUUGAGUAUGUGACUCACAACACCCCUCUGAACUGGCUUGUGGGGCCCUUCAAGGCAAAGGCUAAAGUGUCACAGGAGUGCAGAAAGCAGCAGAAGAAAGAUGUGAUGAGUGAGGUAAAAUCAGCCACAUUAGAAGAGGCUGCAUCAUCAAAGGAGGUGGCUGAAACACCCCAGGAACCAAAUGCAGCAGAGAGGAUUGUGAGGGAUGCAUGUGAAAUGCUACAGAAGCUGGCACAGAAGGCAGAGAAGGACAGGGAGAAGGCUGAGAAGGACACACAGAAGGUGGAGGACACAGAGAAGGAUGCAGUGGAGAACAGAGAGAAGGGGGAGAAGGAGACAAAGGCAGCAGAAAAGGGCACAAAGAAGGACAUGAAAGCAGAAAAGGGACAGCCGGAGCCUGGCGCCAGGGGCUUAGCGCACUGCUGGUACCGGGCAGGGGGCAGGUGCCAGGGGCAGGGCUGGCAGCUCACUGGGGCGGCGAUUCUCCUGCCGAGGACACCCGGGCACCGCCGCGACCUCAACCCCGGCCGUGCCCCGCUCCGCCCCGGCCGUGCCCCGCUCCGCUCCGCCCCAGCGCUGCCGGGUCCCGUCGCUUCCUCGUGUGCCGGCAAGCUCCGGCGGGGCCGUCGGACCCCCCCGCGCCCGCCGCAGUCCCGACCACGCCGCUGCCGUCCGGCGGAGCACCACCGGCCGCAGGUAGCCAGGGCCCUUCCUGCCCUUCCUUCUCUCGCGUCCAGCCGAGGGCAGGCGCAGGAGCGGGGAGCAGCAGCUCGAGGCGAGGCCGAAGGGCUGCGGGAGGCGGCGGGAGCGGGGCUCGGUUCCUCAGGAGAGAGAGCUCCCAGCUGGUGCCGAGCCCCUGAGCGGCAGAGAGGCCUCGCUUGUGCGGUACGUGCAGCGUGA